AGUUCCCUCCUUCUCUGACACACCCGUACCCUGAGCUGGUGGUUGGCAGGAGCACAAGCCCGUGGUCAGAUGCCACAUCCGGCCCCACAUGGUGCUUUUCGUUGCUUUGGUCAAGACCACCCAACGUGGAGUGCAAGGCAGGAGCUGAGAGGCCGAGUCACACUGGCAGGAUGGGAAAUUGUCUCCUGGGAAAACUCAGGCAGGAAGUGACUCCAGUUGAGAGAGAAAAUCGAGGUCAAGAUAAGAAAAGUAAAGAAGUUUCAUCCACUUCUAAUCAGGGAGCUCAGCACGGCGGCGGCUCCGACGAAGUGUGCUACACCACCAUCUGCCACAGGCCCUCCUUGAGCUCCAGCGAAGGCGGCUACGAGAACAUCGACGCUGUCACCAAGAGAGUGAAGGCCCGGGACGCAGAACCAGAGACCGAAUACACCCUCCUGAGGGCGCCGCGCGUCCCCAGGCGGCCCUCCUGCGCCCUGGAGCACGAUUACGAACUUGUGCUGCCCCAGUAGGCCCCUCGCACCCCGUUGUGCUCUCUGGGGAGGUGUCUCACCGCGCAGCUCACAGCACACCCACCACGUGGGUGUUUCUGGCGGGGGUUUAGAAACGGUAUCCCUCCACCACGUGGCCUUGGGAGACUCUUCAACGCGGCCCCGCUGAGGUCUGUGUGGAGCCGGGUGCUGUGGCACUGUGAAGUGUUCUCCACCUUUCUGUCUGUGAGGUUUGAGGACAUGGAGGUGGUGGGGACACCUCCCUAGGACAAUAAUCACCCACCGACCGUCAUGGCACCCAAAAUAUUCCAUCCCAAUCACUGUCUCCAAAUUUCAAAUGCCAGCAUUUUCAUUCCUAAAUAUGUACUUCAUGUCUGAUGUGUAA